AUGGCUCAUCCAACUUUGCUGCCGAACGAGCUUCAGGCUGGAAGUCUACGAACAGCCCCAUUGGCCUCAUCAUCCGCUUCUCCGGCGGGACUACCAUUUGCACAAGAGCCCACAGCUCGGAAACUAGAGGCGAGUGGACCAUUAGAUCCGGCGCAAGACGGGCUGGGUGUCGGCCACGAUGAUCAGCUACCUAGCAGCUCCAACGCCGAAGUACCUGCCGCAGAUGCGGACGGUGGCAUUGCUACCAAGACAUCUAGCAAUAGUCGGCGAGCUCCGCACCGCGAUGUUGUUCCUGGCUUGCCUCGUACGCAGACUUUUGCUCGACAGCAAUCUGAACUGCGCGGAAAUCUGAUGCCGAUUAUCCCUACCUCUGCUGAGCGGCGGGCUGUCACAAGCGGAGACGGCGUGAUCCAUGGCGACGCCGCUCCUGCUCCCCAGCCUGCCGCAUCAGGAGGCGACAAUGACUGUGGGCCAUCAGACGCACACUCUAUGGCCGGAAACAUCGCCAAGGAGAAAGAAGAGACCUUUCAUAUUGACACGGCAUCUAUGACCUCGUCACAGUACGAGCACCGCAUUCGCUAUGAGCUGGAGCAUGUGUGGAUUCUCAACUUGUCGAUGCACUUCCGCGACAAGUCCAGGCGCGAGAAAUUCUUCGUUACAUAUCGACAGCGGCCCGACCUAACGCGUCGGGUAACCAUCUCCCUCGACUACCGCAACGCUCCAGACGGCUCACUCGAGAUGGAUCUCCUUGACACCAAGCUUCAACGAGACAAGAACGAAAUGAUCUAUGAAGCCAUCCGCGAGAGCCUGGCCGACAUUCAGUUUUACAACACCGUGACAAAUCUUAAGUUGCAGACGACUGAUGGCCGGCUGCAUGUGCACGUGGUUGAGGAUACUACUGAGAUUAUUGACUACCCUUCGGCCCAAUUUGUGCACCACUUGGGCUGCCGCAAGAUUCGGGAGUCUGACGUUGAAUUUGACUCUCACAUGUCCGGCUUCGUAUACAGGGUCCGUGUCGACGGCCGGGUCCUUAUCAAGAAAGAGAUCCCGGGGCCAGAUUCCGUUGACGAGUUCUUGUAUGAGGUCAACGCCCUCAAUUUUCUUCGCGGGUCCCAAAAUGUCAUCGAGCUGUACGGUGUCAUUAUUGGCGACGACGACCGCGUCCGCGGCCUUCUCAUCAGCUACGCCGAGCAAGGUGCUCUGAUUGACAUCCUGUAUGAAAACAACCACGGGAUUCCUUGGUACACGCGCAUGAAAUGGGCCCGUCAGAUCGUUCAUGGACUGUCUGAGAUUCACGAAGCGGGAUUUGUUCAGGGCGACUUCACUCUUUCGAACAUUGUCAUUGAUUAUGAUGGUAACGCCAAGAUCAUUGACAUUAAUCGACGUGGGUGCCCUGUCGGAUGGGAGCCACCUGAGGCCACCCCUCUGAUCCAAAGCGACCAGCGCAUUUCGAUGUACAUUGGCGUCAAGUCGGAUCUCUAUCAGCUGGGCAUGGUGCUCUGGGCACUCGCAACACAGGAAGACGACCCAGAAGCCCACGGACGACCUCUGCUCCUGGGCGACGAUGUCGGCGUGCCACAAUGGUACCGAAGCAUUGUGGACACCUGUCUUGCCGAGGAUCCUCGGGAACGGUCGCAAGCUCUUCAACUUCUCAGAUAUUUCCCGCGGCUCAGCACACACUUUGACGACAGUGAUUACGAGGACGACUGGGUCCAUGGGACGCAUCAUCACCAUCCGGCGUUUUAUGCCCACAGUGCUCCGUCCGGAUCGGUUGACGACGGAUCCAACUCGUUCCGCAACAGGGCGGCUGAGCUCGGCAGUGUACCUUCCGGCGACGACCAUGGCGACGAUAUCGCUGGGCAGUUUAUAGAAAGAGAGCGGCCCGAUUUCAUCGUUGACAAAUUCACGAGUUUGACACCGGUCAUCCGCGAUGUGACACCAAGCAACGACUGGGCGUACGUAAACAAUUUCGGCCACACGUAUGUGUCCCCCUCAAAUGGGGUUUCCAACGAAUCAUACUACUACCCUACAAGAGGCCGGUCUCCGCCCAGAAAGUCACAUUCUGCCUCUGGCCGACGAGGCGGAUCUUGGGUCAGAAAGGAGUCUCUGGAGCACCAAACGUUGGCCGCAGAUGCACUCCAUCUCAAACAGGCCGAGUCCUCGCCAUACCGGAGCAGUCUCCCUAGCAGCGAACCUCCAGCUUUGUCGGAUUUGAAAGACGAAGGUGUUCGAGUGGGGGAAGACGCUGAGGUGCCUGAUGACACGGUGGACGCAGACACGAAGGAGGGUUCAGACUUGGAGGUUGUGGCGCCUGGUCACGAGGAGGCUGCCGAUGACGUGGCUGUUGAUAUAGCGACUGGUGACAACGGCGCAGCACACACUGCGUCCCCCGAGACAGACGUGCAGCCCCUCGUUAUCAAGGCAAGUGUUUCGAAUAGCAGCGACGCCAAGAGCAAGGACGUGACUGUACCAAGGUCGCCUGAGCGUCCCAGCGAGUGCCACUACAGUCUUGCGAACGGGGCUCUUGCACACGAGGUCGUACCCGUCGAUACUGCAAACAGCCUGGAAAGGAGCGGCCCUGACAGCAAAAUAUCGGAUCAGAUCAAAGGUGUCGGUGCCGUCUAUGCAGACGAAACGGCAUUCCCCCGCCACAUGAGCUUGGAGCACGACGAAGAAGAUAAGGACGCGGAUGAUGGCCAUGAUGCCAACGAACUAGAGGCGGUUCCUGCGACCCAAUUCCAGGAACGAUAA